AUGUCAAAAUACGGAUUCGUGAAAAUUGCUCGGGACAUAAAGACUGCAGUUGGCAAGAUCAACGAGCCUACGGCCCAGUCAGUGGUAGAAUUGCCUGACAGCCCAUUGGGCAAGUUCAUGUUGGACUACGCCACCAAGGAGUUACCAGAGAAGGUGUUAUUCCAUUCGUUAAGAGUGUAUCAAUAUAGUAUCGCCAUUAUCAACGAUCAUUUCGACAAAUGGGCCUUAGAUCUGGAGGUUUUGUUUGUUACGUGCUUGCUCCACGAUAUUGGGACCACCGAAAAGAACAUGAAGGCCACCAAGAUGUCGUUUGAAUUCUACGGCGGAAUGAUAACGAGGGACCUUAUCUUGGAGCACACCAAUGGUAAUCAAGACUACGCGGAAGCUGUGUCCGAGGCCGUAAUUCGUCACCAGGAUUUGGGUGACACUGGCUUUAUCACAACUUUGGGCUUGAUAUUGCAAAUUUCAACCAUUUUGGAUAACGUUGGUUUGAACACGGAUCUUAUCCAUCCUGACACUCUUGCUGCUGUUAACAAAGAAUAUCCAAGACAUGGUUGGUUGAACUGUUUUGCGGACCAUAUUGAUAACGAAAAUACCAAAAAACCUUGGGGACACACCAGUUCCUUGGGAGUUCCCGACUUUAGGAACAAUGUAUUAGCUAAUAAAGUCAAAUAUGAGAAGUUAUGA